AUGCGACGCAUCGCCCGUAAUUUUGGACAUGUUUUCAGCGCAGGAAGCACUCUGUCGCCCUCUGAAAGCUUGCAAUCGACAUUCACAAACGACUCAGAGGCCCAGAAGAAAGCCGACUUGUCUUCCUCUUCACUAGCCGAGCUUCAGGCCCCAGCAACUGGACCUCUAUGUGAAGUGUGCUCAGACAUCGACUUCCAUACCAUCCUCCGCGACGGCGUUUCGCAGCACAACCCAGUGCCGUACGACUUGCUCACCAGCGUCCUCGAGCGCGCCGCCUCUCCAGGAAGAUGUGCUUUCUGCUCGCUUGUUGGCGACCUCAUUCGUCGCGUCUGGCUUCUCGACACCCCGGAAUGCGCGGGCGUCGACCUCUCGGGCAUCACGCUCUCCCUGUUCGCGAUAACAUGUGGCCAUGUCCUAGGCCCUCCUCCGCAGAGCGAAGAGGACGAGCGCGAUGCCGCGCAUAGGAUUCAUGUUGAGUUCUCACGCAGACCUGCCGAAAUAGGACGAGCGGCCGGGAAGACCAGCAAAACUCUCAGUCUGGAGGUACAGCUAAUGCAGGAGGAUGCGCACGCGUUCGGGCGAGAGCGGGUGUUGCACGGGCGGAGAGUGGGCGAUGUUGUGGAUAUGGAGUUGGUCAAGACAUGGGCACGGAUAUGCAAGACGCAGCAUGGUGAAAGGUGCAGAGCGCCGUGGUGGGCUGCGUCGGCGUUGAGGGAGGAUCUUCCGAAGGAAGUGAGGGUGUUGGAUGUGCAGAAGUUGAUGCUCGUCCCUGCGUCAACGCCCGUAGGCUAUCGUUACCUCGCGUUGAGCUACGUCUGGGGAUCGCCGGACAUUUGUAACCACGGAUCUUAUUGGACGACGUCGGCGAACCUCGAGGAGCGUAUGAGCAAAGAGGGAAGCGUACUGCACGAGAAGUUGCCGGCAGCUAUCACGGAUGCUAUCCUCACCACGCGUACUCUCGGAGAACGGUACCUGUGGAUUGAUGCGCUAUGCAUUGCUCAGGAUUCUUGGGAUGACAAGAAGAUUCAAAUCAAUGUCAUGGACCGCAUCUUCCUCCGUGCAGCUAUCACCAUCUUCGCAACCUCGUCUGCGUCCUCUGGUGUUGUGUCAUCAGCGGCUGCGCCUCUCCCUGGUUUGCGACCAGGCACGCGCGAGGUCGCACAGAAAGUGCGCGUUGUGAAAGGACUUCACCUCUGCACACCGCUGCCAAGGGCGCCCGAAGCUCUGUCGCAGACUACAUGGAACACACGUGGGUGGACGUACCAAGAAAUGAUGCUUGCGACGCGAAGAUUGGUCUUCACACCCGACCAAGUCUUCUUCCAGUGCUUCGAGGAU